CCACGGCGCCGGCUUCCGCCAAUGGGCGCGGCCGAGCCGAAAGAGAAACAGUGCGAGCCGCAGGCCUUGGGAUUCGAAUCGAACGUCCGCACGGAGCCGGCGCCGGCCGAGUGCGCGAACCAAUCAGCGGCUGCGGCUCGUGGCCCCGAACGUUGGGACCCUCCCCGCCCCGCGCCGUUGUUUGUGGUGUCGGCAACCGCGGGAGCCGGGUCACAACACUCGCCUGGCGGCGGGCGGCGGCGAGGUUCCAAGCCGCGGCGGCGGCGAGCACGAGCCCAGGACGCCGGCCUCCCGCGGCCGCCGAGCCAUGUCGGUGAACAUGGACGAGCUGCGGCACCAGGUCAUGAUCAACCAGUUCGUGCUGGCCGCGGGCUGCGCAGCCGACCAGGCAAAGCAGCUGCUACAGGCGGCCCACUGGCAGUUCGAGACCGCCCUGAGCACGUUUUUCCAAGAAACCAACAUUCCCAACAGCCACCACCACCACCAGAUGCAGAUGUGCACCCCCAGCAACACACCUGCCACACCGCCCAACUUCCCCGACGCCCUGGCCAUGUUCUCCAAGCUUCGUGCCUCCGAGGGCCUGCAGAGCAGCAACAGCUCCAUGACAGCAGCGGCUUGCUCCCCUCCUGCAAACUUCAGCCCCUUCUGGGCCUCAUCCCCACCCAGUCACCAGGCCGCCUGGAUCCCGCCCUCCUCCCCCACGGCCCACAGCUGCCACCACCUCCACCACCCACAGCCCACGUGGCCCCCCGGAGCACAGCAGGGGGGUGCCCAGCAGAAAGCCAUGGCUGCCGUGGAUGGCCAGAGAUGACACUGGAUGCCGCCGGGCACUGGGCUGGAGUGGGGGCAGUCCAGGGCCGUGGGGACACAGCAGGGGCAGGUUGGGGGGAAGCCGGGGUGGGUGGGGGUUUCCUGAAGAUCGCACUGGAAGAUUUUAUAGAAGAAUUUUUGUGGGUGGGUGGGGACAGUAAACUUCCUGAGCCACUUGGGUCCUUCAGGAGUUUCUCUUCAGGCAAGUUUUUUCUCUUUUUAAUAUAUAACUAUAAUAUAUAUGAAUAUAUAAAUAUAACUAAUGUAUGUGAGAACGGGGCUGGUCUGCCAGGGUGUUAGGAUCAGUAGGGAAGGGCCAGAGGGCCCUCCUCUUGGACCAGCACCCCUUCUCAGCCCAGUCCCAGGGCAGGUGUUUGGAAGCCAGGGGUGUGACCUUAAAGUCAUAAGGUGUCUGCUAGUCGCCUCGUUUCAAAGGUCACACCUGGAAUGGGGAGAGGAAGCCCACUGCGGCGCUCUCUGGGCAGCGGCUCCCAGUGGUGCCGGUGCUCGUGGUGGGAGCCCCUCUCCCAUCACACGGCUCCCCCGCCCCCGCCAGCGGCCGGCUCAGAGUCCCCAGCUGGGUGUGCAGGGCUUGUGCAGAACCAGAGCUGGCGUGGGUCCUGCCCAGGCUUUCAGGGACUUGGUCCUUCGCAGCCACCUGCCUCCCACUGUGUCCAGACCAGUCGGAUGACAGAGCAGAGAGCUGGCCUUUGGAUUUCGUUCCCAAAUCAAUCAUCUCACCAGGGUGAAAUUUUAAUUUAAAAAGUGAAGAGACUUUUCUAAGU